UUUAAUGAAAAGAAGAAAAAGACAAUAUAAUAAUGUGUAACGUCGCUGGCCUAUAAUGAUGUACAAUGCAGCGUUGGGCCAGUCCAAUUAAAAUACAUCAAAAAAAAAAUUAUAAGAGACGGUCUCGCUCGGGAAAGGGACGCUUUGUGUGAACUCGCCAUAAGGUUUAACAUUAUCUGGGACACCCCCUCGUCAUCGUGACGUUCACAGCACAUAACGUUCCUCCACAUUAAGAGACAAGACACUCCAAGAGAGAUGCUGAAAAACGCCAACGGCUUUGGGGUUAUUUUGGCAUUUUUGAUCGCUGUGAAUAAUGUACAGGUAGAAUGUGCCCCAGCGUCGCCUCUGAUAUUUACGAAGACUAUCCGUAUGCCGGAGGCGAUCUCGGAUCAGCCAGAUGCCUUAGUGUGCCAUGCAGUGAAGUUAGACGACUCGGAGCCAUCGUACAUACUGCAGUACGAGCCCCAUGCAUCCAAAGCUAUAACCCAUCACAUGAUGUUGUACGGCUGUGGAACACCCGGUGACACGAAACCUUUCUGGAACUGUGGCGAGAUGAACGACCACUCCGACCAAUCAGUGUGCAAGGACGGCAUGCGGGAAAUCGUCUACGCAUGGGCACUGGACGCUCCCGCCAAACGCCUGCCUAAAGAUGUUGGUUUCCGUAUAGGAGGUAACACAAGCAUCCAAUACAUUGUGUUGCAGAUGCAUUACAAGGACAGGUUUCAAGCUGGACAGACGGACAACUCAGGAGUGACCCUACAUAUGACCAAAGACCCUCAGCCAAUGCAAGCGGACUUCUACGUUCUUGGUAACUGGGGACUCGUCCCUCCGAGACUUAAUGAGUUCCACAUGGAGUCUGCAUGCAGAUGGGAUAGUGAUGACGUCAUAUAUCCCUUCGCCUACCGAACACAUGCGCAUAAUCUAGGUGUCGUCACUUCCGCUUACCGCAUCAGACUCGGCGUUUGGACCGAGAUUGGACGCAUGUCACCACAGCAACCACAGAUGUUUUAUAACGUGACAAACCCUGGAAUUGACAUCCGUAAAGGUGACAUCCUGGCAUCGCGUUGCACUAUGAACAGUACGAGCCGGGAACAUAUAACAGAAAUAGGACCCACGAACCACGACGAGAUGUGCAACUUUUACAUUAUGUACGCCACUCAUCGGCAAGAUAAUUUGAAAGUGCAGUACUGCUUCCGGGAUGCGCAGAAAUUUGCCUGGAAGACGUACCUUGACGACAUUCCAAAGACAGCAAGUUCUUUAGAUGGCGUUCAUCUCCUCAUACCGGGAAAAACCGAAGAAAGACGGAAAUUACCGAAAAGCCUGACGCAGAAGGCACAGGGUAUAAUGAAGUAA